UCUUCUCAUUGGUCAGUUUUCACCACUGCACAGAAAACAUGGCUGCUUGUUGGGAAAAAGGCUGAGAACAAAUUAGUAUUUUAUAUUUCAUUCUCUUUGUCAGUGAACAUUUUGUUAUUAUUGAGAUAUGUCAGGCAGUAGUGAUUCUGACGAAUUCUACGAUGCAGAAGAUUUAACACCCAAUCGGAUUUCUAGGAAGCGAUCAAAUAAAGGCAGUUGUACAACUGUGAAUGGAACCGAUUCUGAGAGCAGCCUAUCUAUAAAAGAAAAUGACACCGAAAAUUAUGAGACCGUCGGCGGUGUUGUGGAAGAAAGCCAACCCAAGCCAUCAAAUGAAGUCCUUGGAUCAGCUCCUGAAGAAACUUUUAAAAACAUUCAUACUGUUGUGGCCGAGAAGAAUGAAGUGCAUCUUGGACGGAGCAGAUUCCGGGAGCUCCGCCAGCGGAUGCAGACGGAGGACGACGACACGCUCCUGAACAAUGCCUCCCCGCCGGACAGCCAGACCUCUUCGGUGGAAGGGGUGUUCGUGGCGCCCGCCAAAGUCUCGCACCCUUUCCGCAUAAUAGAGCACGACGCGAUGAGCGUGCAGAGCAUCACGUCCCUGGGGCGAGUGGGGCGCAUACUGAGUGGCUCCGUGGAUCCGAGCACGUGCGGCGUGCUGUGGGAGAGCCAGCGGGCGGCGUCGUCGCUGACCGUGGGCUCGGCCGGCCGCGAGGAGGACUCCUCCUCCGAGGCGUCGUCCCUGCGGUCGCAGCGCACGCACCGCUCCGAGAGCGGCUCGUCGUCGGCGCCCACGCGCCAGGCGUCGGCCAGCGCGGGCAGCGUGGAGGCGCUGUGCCCCGCGCCGGGCGCCGCGCUGCAGGAGCCCGACGUGAUCACGAGCACCAAGCCCUCGGCCGUGCCCGACGCUGCGCCCGCCCCGGUGGCCCCGCCCAGGCGGAAGAAGAAGCCCAAGACCCAGGCGCCGCGCACGCAGACGCCACCCGCCGUUGAAGAGACCUACACGCCACAGUCUCCCUUGCCCAGUCCGGCAAGCACCAUCGAGAGUUUGACUCGUGAGUUCGAGAACUCUCUCGACAUCCAGAUGGCGACCAAGGGACAGUAUGUCGUGAAACCCCAGGACGAGGAGAAGGCCAAGGCGGAGGGGCCCUCCGCGGAGGAGCUGGCGCGGCUGGAGCGGCUCAAGGCGGAGCUGAUGAGCGUGCAGUCGAGCCGUGCGUCGAGCAGCGCCAGCGUGGGGCGCGGGGGCUCGGGGGGGCGCCGCCAGGACUCGGGGCCCCGGGGCUCCCGGGAGCGCCGUCGCUCCGCCGGCGACGAGCAGGCCGUCAUGUCCCAGCUCAACAUGUUCGUGCGCACCCGCACCGACUCCGGCAAGCCCCUCACCGACCUGGAGAUCCUGGAGCAGGUGACGGUGCUGAACCUGGACACGGGGGAGCGGGUGCCCCUGAGCGUGGCCGAGGACAAGCUGCCCCAGUGCAUCAACCCCCUGUCGCUGCACAUCAUGCGCCUCACCUCGGAGUACGUCAGCAGCACCAACCUGGACAAGGAGAAGGAGUCGGACGAGGAGAGCGUCUGCAGCAAGAGGUCGGAGCUGCCGGCCAGCGAGGACCCGGACCAGGACCCGGACCAGGAAGUGGGCACGAUGAGAAGAAGAACGGCUCGGCUGAAGAAGUUCCUCGGUUCGAAGGUGAAGAAGACGAUAGGGAAAGCCAAGUCGAUAGCCCACGAGGUGUCCCACGCGAGGCACAAGGAGGACGUGAUGGACAUACUGGACGAGGUGAACCCAGGGGAGCAGCACAUCAAGCUGAAGGCGUCGAGCAGCCACAAAGGCCCGUACGAGUUCGACAGCCUCCAGCACGUGCAGGACCUCAGCGGAGAGCACAACGGGGCCGUGUGGUGCAUGAAGUCCUCGUCGUGCGGCCGGCUGCUCGCCACGGCCGGCCAGGACCGCGUCCUGCGCGUGUGGGUGGUGCGCAGUGCGUACACCUACUUCCAGGAGAUGCGCACCAAGUACAACGCGGAGAAGGUGUCGCCCACCCCCUCGCAGGAGUCCCUCGUGUCCCACCACUCCGCCGAAGACCCCAACGCUUCGUUUGUCGACGCCAAGAGCGAGGACCUGCGGAGGUGCCCGUUCAUGCCGAAGCCGUUCUGCACCUACGCCGGCCACACUUCCGACCUCCUGGACGUGUCCUGGUCCAAGAACUACUUCGUGCUGUCCUCCUCCAUGGACAAGACCGUCCGCCUGUGGCACAUCUCGAGGAAAGAGUGCCUGUGCUGCUUCCAGCACAUCGACUUCGUCACGGCGAUAGCGUUCCACCCCAGGGACGACCGCUACUUCCUGAGCGGCUCGCUGGACGGCAAGCUUCGCCUGUGGAACAUUCCCGACAAGAAGGUCGCCGUGUGGAACGAGGUGGACGGACAGACGAAGCUCAUCACCACCGCCAACUUCUGCCAGAACGGGAAGUUCGCCGUGGUCGGCCUGUACGACGGCCGCUGCAUAUUCUACAACACGGAUCAGCUCAAGUACCACACCCAGAUUCACGUUCGUUCGACUCGCGGCAAGAACUCCACGGGGCGGAAGAUCAGCGGCAUCGAGCCGAUGCCGGGCGAAGACAAGAUACUCGUCACGUCCAACGACAGCCGCAUUCGUCUGUACGACCUGAGGGACCUGAACCUGUCGUGCAAGUACAAAGGUUACGUGAACGUCAGCAGUCAGAUCAAGGCCAGCUUCAGUCACGACGGCAAGUACAUCAUCAGCGGCUCCGAGAACCAGUGCAUCUACAUCUGGAAGACGCACCACGACUACGCCAAGUUCUCCUCGGUGAGGAGGGAUCGCAACGACUUCUGGGAGGGCAUCAAGGCCCACAAUGCGGUCGUGACGUGUGCUGUGUUUGUGCCUAAUCCUGACUCGAUCAUAAAAAUGAUAGAGGAACAGAUUGGUAACAAUUCGAACGAAAGUUUGAAGGUGGAAGACCCUGUGGUAGAGCAACGCACAAAAGGCUGUGGUGGUUAUGUUUUGGUCAGUGCAGACUUCAAUGGGUGCAUCAAAGUUUUCCUCAAUAAAACUAAACCAAAGCACAGUUCUCUGCCUGCCUCUGCUUUGGCAUAAUGAUUUGCACAUAAUGCAAACACAUGCUCUUUUGAUUCGUCUCAUAAAAAUUUGUCUAUUUGUUUGGUGAAGAAUUAAAUGUUACUGUUCUGAUUACUGAUGUACUGCACUGUUUGAGACUGCACAAAUGCUUAAAAACUGUAUUUUUGUAUAGAUUAUUAAUGUAUUGUUCUUUUUUUUUUUUAUAUAUAUAUAUCAUUUAUUGUAAAGAUAAACUUACUUUCUUUGUACAACUAUUUUUUUCUGUACAUAUGUAUGUAUUUUAUUCUAAAUGUCAGACUGCUAAUCCUAGUCAAAUAUAACCUUAUUCACAUUGUACUAGUAAAUAUUUUAAUAAUAAUAAGUCAGUAUAUGUUACUUCAAACUUGUCAUGUAUGUGGCUCUCAUUAAUUCAGGGUCUUAUAGAAAUUUAAUUGAAAUGAUUGUCCAGGGUUUCAAACAUGUGUUACAAUUUUGGAAGUUAUAGAUUGCAUAUUAGGGUUCGACAAGUAUUUGGAAAUUUUAAAUUUAAAUUUGAUAAUUUGACUAUAGAAAAAAUUUUAUUCCGUUAAAAAAAAAAAAAAAAAAAAAAAAAAAAGGAUUCCCUGAAGCCUAUUGAACAUGUUUUGAUUAAUAUUAGACAUACUGUGACUCAGUCAUGCUUGUGCUGUAUGAAGACCCAUAUUGAAGUUUGAAAAUGCUGUAUUUCAGCAAAUGUUACAUCAGUUUUUCUAUGUAUGAUUACUUGAUUAGUAAAUGCAAAUGAAAGUGAUCCUAAGACAAAACUGAACCAUUAUUUUUUGCAUGCUAAAGAGUUAGGGUUAGACUUAAUGUUUUUUUUUUUUUUUUUUUUGUGUUGGAUCUGAAGGUACAAUCGUAUCUGUUUUUGACAUCAUGUAUUUACUUCAGAAAUAGCAACCAACUUGCAGGAUUUGAUGGAGAGUGUGAUCUUACACAGACACACAGUUUUGGUAGUUGACACAUCUUGAUUCAAAUAAUAGUUAAAUUUUAGAGAGAACAGUAUGUUGUAUCACAAUCAUGUGAGAUCAUAUUCAUAAGCCUAUGCUUAAAUUAAAAAACAAUACACAAGUUAUGUACAUGAUCAAACCCAUUCCUAAUAUGACUCGCUUAGAAAGCAGUGUUGGACGAAGAAUCAAACUGAAUUAUUAUUUGCAAGAUGUACCGCAAACGUAGUGUCAGAAUAGUAAAUUACGUACAACGUAGAUGUUCUCUUGGAUUGCAUGAUUGUGACCGAUUGUGAUUAAAUAGUUCCCUAAUUGGGUGGAACAUUCCCAAUGGCGUGGUAAUCAUAGACAACAUUCCGUAGUGAGUUCCUCCUCUGUGGUGUUGAAACUGGAAAACUAUUGUGUCAUUGGCUUCAUAUCUUUUUGGGUUGAUUUUGUGUAUUGUUUAUUAGAAAAACAUUUGUAACUUUGUGUUGCCGUCCUAUCGAAUUUACUCUACUAUAAGACACACCCUUUUUGUGACUUUUUGAACAUGAUUGAUGGCAUGUUAACUUCUGCUGGAAAACUACAUCCAAGUAAAAUGUAAAUAUGUAGAGUGGGUUACAAAAGAAUCUGUGUUGAUGAGCAAACAGUCGCACACACAUAAAUUGCUGAAACCUCACGAGUAUGCCAUUCUGGAAGAAAAUAUAUCUGGGACUUAAUGUAUAGAUAACAUUUUAUUUAGGAGGGGGGAAGAGAGAGGGGGAGAGAAAAACCUGGGAUAUGACAUCUUGGAUUCAGUGUAUUUAGAGCAUAAUAUUUUUCUUAUGUAAAUUAGUUUUUUUAAUUAAAAAUUUGUUGUUUAAGGCAAAAUGCAAAUUAAUAGAUUUUGUGAGCCUGUUAAAGAAUGACUAAUAUUUUUUUAUAGUUACAGUAAUUCUAAAAAAUUAAUUACUUAGAACCCCCAGUGAUAUGAAAGGGGAAUCUAUCUGUUGCACCCUGUCACUGGAAACUGCAGGUACUCUGCACAAUUAUGACUAUGUCUUAACGUGGCCAAAUAUCUUUUGAAUCCUAAAUGGAAUACCUUAAGGUGGUCUCUCACUCCAUUUUUUUCUUCUCUCAUUACUAUUAGGUGAGGGCUAUUUCUAUAAAUUAAUUACUUGAAUUUGUUCUGUCAAAAUUAUUUUCAACAGAUUUACUAACAGUACUAAGUGUGAUAUAAUUUCUGUAUAAAGUCACACAAUUGUUUGUAAUUGCUAUUACUUGCACAAUCUGUUACAGCCAUUAUAUAAACCUUAGUGAAUAUCUGUGUGUAAAUAUUUUUGGCAGAACAACGAAUGCAAGAGAGGUUUGUAGAAUUAGAUGUACAGAAGUAGCUCUUAGCUAAUAGUAAUGAUGAUUGAUGAUUUAUCAGGAAUGUUCCUUAUAGGCUUGGAUUUGAUAAACUAUUGAAGUUGGAACACCAAAGGUGUAAGGAAACUUUACAUUUGUAUUGUGUAAUGAGAUUAGAGACUUGGACCAGAACUUAGUCACAUGUUUCAAAUUUUCCAUUAUGUCAAGGCCUUUAGACUGUUAUUUUUCAGGUUCAUGUGGUUAUUUAAAUUUCAUAUUUGAAUUAGUGUUUUAUUUUUAAUUCCUCUAUAUUAAUGAAAAAUAGAUUUUACUUAAGAAUCAACUUAAUCUGUCUGUAACAUCUUUUAUCCUGCAACGUCAUCCUUAGAAUUUCACUCGCUUAUCAAACACAAAUAGGCCGGCAUAACAUUGAAUAAGCGAAAAUGUUGAAUAAAAGGGAUAAGUUAAGAAGAAGCCUAUACUAUACACUGUUAUGCUUAUGAUUAUUCGUUUUACAACAAAACAACACAGACAAAUUAACAGUUUGGGUGAAUAAUUUGCUGUGGUAGAGUUGGGAGAAACAAAAGAUAGACUAUGCUCAUGCUCGCAACUUGCAGUUUUUGUUGGCGAUUGGUGCAGGUUUUUUUAUAUUUAUAUUUAUGUGUAUAGUGGGACGUCUGAUAAUGAGGAAUGUUGGAUAAGCGAAGGUUGGAUAAACUGGACAUGUACUGUAUGUGUGUGUGUUUUUAUUAUCAUUUUUCCUUGGAACUAGUUUGGCACCAGGCUUUAUAACAAAUUUCAUUUAAGUUUUGCGGGGAUGUUCCACACUCAUUCAUGCACACAAGAACUUCUAUCAUUCUUCCUGUAAGGGAAUGGUGAUUGUGUCACUGUCAUGGUUGGAAUAAUAAUGAAGGAAAAUACGUAAACAUAGAGAAGAAGAAAAUUAAUCUUUUUUUUUUAUGUUUUUAGUUAACGUAACUUUUACGUUUAAAAUUAUUGGUAACCAUGGUGUAUGUGUAAGUCUUACAAAACUUUCCAUUCAGUUUCAUGAUGCAACAGUGCUGUGUUAGAACAUUAAAUAAUGUGAUAGGAACACUGUAAUUUAUAAAAUUUUCAGAAUUAUUUUUUUUUUCAUUUGUAGUCCAUUAUUUAAAUUCUUUUGUAAUUUUGUUUUGCAUCGUAAUGUUUUUUGGGUCAAAUUGAGCCAUGUAUGCAAAUUUUAUUUGGCAGUAAUCUCUUUUCUUGGACAAUGAUAUAAUUGUUUAUUUAUGAGUUUGGUGUGAUGAUGUUGAUGAGAUAAUUCUUAUACUCUAUGUAGGUUUUUUAUUUUAAUGAUUUGGUAUAGAAGUUUUUUAUUCUUUUUUAAAUUUAAAUUAUGUUUAAUACCCUGUAGUUGGUAUACUGGUAUUUGCAAUGGGAUAAGCAGAAAUUAUUGUGAUGUUUUAAUCCUGGAAUGAGUUGUUUUUUUUCAGUUUGAUCUUGGAAAGAGAAUUUUUGCAGGAAAAUAUUACGUCAAGCACUUUAAAAACUUAAGAACUUUCAGAAAGCUUCAGGCAUAACUAUUCAGUACCUACAUUUAUGUAUGGUUAGGCUCACUCAAGCAUGCAAACGUUCAGAUAGGACAAUUCCAACUGUGCUAAUUUUAGCUUGUAAAGAAAAUAUGCAGCUACUUUUUGAGAUACGUAAUCUAUGGUAUUUAUGAUCUUGUACGAGUAAUGUGGAAUAUGGAAACAUGUUUGUUAGUUUUCACAGGAUGCCAUGAAGGACGCCAUUUUACAAAAUGCUGAAAUAAUAAUUUACUUUUUUUGUCUGUAAUUUGCUGAGAAACACUGGACUAGCUUGAUUAAUUUUGGAACCACAAAAUUUUGGAUAUACGUAUUUUUCAAACUCGCAAUGCAUGAAAACAUCUUAACUGUGAACUUUAUAAAAGGAUCAACAUUGUGGUCACAAAUAAUUGAGUGCUAUGACUGUAUGCUUUGUGUUCCACAAGAAAUAUUAGGGUGCAUGGGUGUCUAAAUGAAAGUUUUAGCUUUGGAAAUAUUUCCAAUAUACAUAUUCAAUCAUCGUUGACAGCGGUUUGAAGCCUACAGCGGGGUUACCCAACAGUUUAGUUAAAGGCCUUGGAAUAGAAGCAUGUACAUGUUAUUGUUGCUAAGAAAUUGGUAUUGGAAACUUUAAAAACUUUUCUUUACCUUUUUUUUUUUUUUUGUUGAGUUAGUUCAAACUUUCAAUUGUAAUUUUAUUUUUUUUGAAAAAAUAAAUAUUCCUUUACUUUUAUUGUCAUUUAUUGUUUCACUUAUUCAGUAUAGUAUACUACAAUCAUAAAGUAAUGGGAUGAAAGGAAAAACUUCAGUCCAUACAUUAAUAUAUGUUAAUUUUUUUCCUUUUUUUAGUAUGUUAGUGCUCAUUGUUCUCAAUGUUGUCUUAAUUAUUAUAGGAAAAGUGUUUUUCAUGAGGUUGUGAUGAUCUGUGAUAGCCAGGUAAAUGAUUUGGAGAAGUUUGGCUGGAAUUAUAUCAGAUUUUAAAAUAUUUUUGCAUUUGAUGUUAUGCUUAACACUGUAUACUCUUUGUCCGUAAAUGUAAUUUCCAGAAGAGUUGCUAGUCUAGAAUUGCUAUUAUUUGUUCAGGUUUUUUUUUGUAGGAAAUUGGGUGUGUUCAAGAAAUUUUUGGCUCUUGAAUCGGAGCGUGAAGGUUUUGUCGAUAGAGCAUGUAUUAUUUUUUCAGCGUUGCUUCCGUGCUUGUGUGCAUAGGUGUUGAUCUGGGGGGGGGGGGGGGGGGGGGGAGGUCAAAAGCUCCUUUCUGAGGGGGCCAGCUUUUUGCACUUGCAAAAUUAUAACUGUAAAAUGUGGGAAUGAUAAACAUUACCUUGUGGGCCUCCCCUGGGAAUCGUACAUAUUUUCGCCCAAGCCUAUGUGUGUUGGUAACUAUGUAUACUUUAAUAUAGCAAGGUUUUGGAUAUUUCAUUUUGAAUAGGAAUGGAGAGGAAAUUUAUGAUUUUAAUCAUUUAUUUGUGCUCUCUAUUUUGUUUAACAUAAUGUAUAACUCUAUGUAUAACUUUUUAUAUAAUGCCAUAAAACCUUGCCGAGAUGACAGAUAGUGUAGUUUUUCCAUUUAUUUUUAAUUAGUUAAUAGUUUCAUAAAUCUGUAUGUCAUGUAACAGUAUAAAUUCUUUAGAUAAAUUUAUAUGUAUAGUAUUUUAUUGUGUACUAGUAUUAUUUUUUUGGAUUAUGUGAUGUGCAAUUGUAGACAUAUCCAUUACAUCAAUUACACAAGAUACUUAUACCUGACAGCUCAAAUGUUUUUUUUAUUUAUAUGAGAAAACCUGGCAUUGUGGUCUUGCCAAGUCCGUAGGUGGCAGAACAUUUGUCUGGUAUAAACAUUAUUGCAAUGAAGACUAGUAAUUUCCUUCUCAAUUUUUUUGUUGUAAAUGUGCAAAUAACUGUUAUAAAAAUAAGCACUCUGUAUAUCAAAUGUUUUAUGAGUGUUGAGUGAGUGUCAUAAGAUAAAUAUAUAUUAUUUCAUAUUAUCAAAUAUAUGAAUAUACUAGUAACACCUCUUGCCAAUAGAUUGUUUUGCACUUUUCUCUGAAUUAUUUGUAUAUGGCUGUCUGGUAUUGGUAUUUAGCGUAUUUGAUCACAAACUUUGUUACCAUGUAAAUAAAAAUUGCCUUUAGACAUGAGCAUGUCUGUUUAUGUACAGAAGUAAGGUAAUAAAUAAAGGUGGAAUUGUAUGUCCUUCAGUUAUGCACAAAGUCUUAAGGGGAGAAGAUCUCUGAGAUUAAAUGGCUCCAAGCCUCAUGAUACUGACUUUUAGUGCCCCUAGAUUUGGGUCAUGCCGAGUUCAUUUCUAAAAAAAUAUGUUUAUGUUCCAAAUGCCACUUUAUGUAUGUUUAUAAUGCUAAACAAAGAUUUUGUAGCUAAACUUUUUUUUUGUGACUUUAUGUAAACAAAUUUUGUGUGUUAACCUUUUCUUUGAAGUGUACUGGUAUUUGCCAUAUAGUUUAAAAAUUUUAUUUUCAUGAAGUAAGCAACAACCAGCACAUGUAAAGGUUAUCAAACUGAUUGGAUGUAAUAUGAAAAAUAAAAAUUCCUGAUUUGAAGAGACAUUGGAAAACUUUUACAAUUUCUGAUUGGUUCCAAGGAUAUCAACUGUCUUUGUGUGCAGACUUUAAGCAGGGUAAAGUGCUUCAGGAGGAAAAGGUUAGGGGUUCAACUAAACUUAACUUGCUACCUAAAUAGAUCAAUGUUAUUACAGGGUUUACCAGUGAUUAAAAAUUUUGAUGUAUAUUUAAUCCAAAAAAAAAAUGCAAUAAAAUAUAAUCUUAACUACCUAUGUUUGUGUAAUUAAUAGAAGGAAUAGGGGAAAUAAAUCCAGCAGAAAAUUAUUCACUUAACUAAAUAUUUACCUUGGAAGAAAUAUUUCUCUACAGCCAAGUGAGGGAGGUUAUCACUGUCCCAAUUAUGUUAACUUCAUUUUCAAGACAUUCUCAUCAUAAAAGUUACUUAAGGGGUUGCAGCAUAUUAUACAAUUAAUACCUGUAAUAUGUAACACCAGACUGUAGAUUAUUCUAUUAUUAUAACAUGCCAGUAAUUCUGUGUUAAUAUAUCUAUCCAGUUUUAGGAGAAUUUGGUAGUCAUAAAACCCUAUUCCAAGUAAAUGCUGUCUAUUCGCCAUAAUUCCCUGCCCAAUAUAUGACGGGGCUAAUGAUCCCUUGGAGCGUAAGAGAAUAAAUUAAUAUUGAAAUGAUUUUAAUUCCACUGAAAAUGUGAAUUAAAGUUUUUUCCUCACUGCCUGAUGAUAAGCAAACUGUUACUAGCUAAUCUGUGAAGCUAAAAUGGAUUGAUAGCAAAAAAAAAAAAAAAAAAAUGCAUAGAAAUUAAAGGGGAAAAAAAUUUAAGCAUUGCUGUGAUUAAAAUUUUUAAAAAAACUGUUUAACCCUUGUGAUUGUAUUCACUCACUUUUACAGCACCAACUAUUUUCUGAAGUUAACUGUUUGCUACAGCUUUAAUACGAUCAUUCUAAUUCAGUUACUAAAAUUUAAAGCAAAUACCUUAUCUUGCCAACCAUCUAUUUUCAAGAAAUGUUAAGUAUCUAUCAUCAGAUGUUGCAUCUUAAGUUUAAUUUACUGUGAGAGCAUCUUUAUAAAACAGUUUUAUUAUUUGUAGCUUGAUUAUGGUUUAGGUAUACCAUUUGGUUUUUGGUAGUUACUCAGUUUAAGUAGUUUUGGUUCAUAAAAUAAUAUUGAACAACAAUUUCCUGAUAUAGUGGUUUGUAACUUGUGCUAGCUCAGUAGGAUGUGCAAUCCGUAAAAAUUAAAUACCGACAUCUUACAGUCGUCACUGUUAGGUUACUGUUCUCUCUCAGUGUUUGUGGUCGUAAGUAAACGACUUGACUUAAAUACUGUUAGUUUGUGUAAUGUGAUGCAUCUGUAUCAAAAUUUUCUUUGUGUAUGUUUAUUGUUUUGUUUCAGUAUAAAAAGGCCUAAUAUAAAAAUGAGAUAAAUUUUUAUAGAGGUUAAUUUUACAAUUUUAAAAAGAACGUAUUGAAAAAAAUAAUAAAAUCCUGUGUUUAGAUUGAUGUGAUGCUGUUUAUGAAAUUGAACAAAAUUUCUGCUGUACAUACUUUAAAAAAAUUGAUGUGUAUAUAUAUAUAUAUAUCUGAAACACCAAAGCACAAUAAAUAGUAAACUGUUUAGCUUCAGUCCUAUCAUUUUCAUUGUCUCUCUCUUUGUAGCAGUAUGUAAUGUCUUAGCAAGUAUUAUAUUUUGAGGGGUGUUUUACAAUGAGUACAACUUUCUUCUCAGCUUCUUGUAAAAUUGUAUUGGUGACUUAAUCAUUCAAAAAUUAAAAAAAAAAGUUAUUUUGCAGUUUAAAAAUGACAUAAAGUUUAUCAUUAAUUAUAUGGUCAACUAUUGUAUAUUUUUUAUUAUAAAACUUUUUUUUGUUGGUAUUUUGUAGUUAUGGGUUGAAUCCCAAUUUUCUCGAAUCCAAAUCUCAAAUUUGAAUCCCAGAGAGUACUUAGAACAUAUCCCUUGAUUCCGAAUCUAGGUGUCAAGGGUCAAAUACAAAAUAAUAUACAAUAAAUAAAAAUAUUAACUUUGGUGUUGAAACAUUCUACCCUUUAAAUGGUUGUUUCACAAAUUAUGUUUCCAGAAUCAAUACACGUUGUAAUUUUAUUUAUAUAAUAACAUGUUAAAAGUACAAUAUCUCUGGGAAUUGUAACAGGAUAGGUAUGAAGAAAAAAUUUACCUAGUAAACUUAAGAGGUUAUUGUA